AUGACAAAUAUAACAAGUAAUCAAUUAAUAAUUGGUAAUCAACGUAAAUUAAAACAUAUUCUUGAUACAAAUAAAAUUGAUUAUAUUGAUAUUGAUAUAAGUGAUCCAAAAAAUAUAAAUGAAAAAGAAUUCUUACAACGUACAUUAUCAACAUUAAAUCAAAAAAUGAUUUUACCACAAAUAUUUAAUAAUGAUGAAUAUUGUUGUGAUUUUGAUGGUUUAAUAUCGGCUGUUGAAUCUAAUACACUUAAACAAAUUUUAAAACUUGAUAAAAAUUAA